GCUCGCGCGCACGCGCACAACUCGCCGCCGAAUAUUCUGGUCAAAAGCCUGCUUAUGCAUCUACCCUCAGCCUGCUUCUGAUGAGUCGUGGGUCUGCAUUUAUUCAGCACAGGUUCCAGGACCUGAAGUGAUUAUUAUACCGAGCCGCAUAAACAUCUGACGAUGCAGACUCUCACGCCGCACGUGUUUUGGGCCCAGAGGCACGGCGAAAUUUACCUGCGGGUGGAGAUAAGCGAUGCAAAGAACCUUGACAUACGUGUACAAGACAACACCCUCGAGUUUAGAGGUCAGGGUCAUGGAGCAAAAGGAGAAAAUGAAUAUGAAUUCAGCUUGGAGUUCUUAAAUCCAGUGGAACCUCAGAUAAAACACAAAUCGACCCAGCGGCAGGUUAAUAUCACAGUGAAAAAGCAGAAGCACUGCUGGUGGAAUCGACUCACCAUGCAGGAGAAGAAGCCCGUGUUUCUGGCCCCUGACUUUGACCGCUGGCUGGAUGAGUCAGAUGCCGAGAUGGAGCUGAGACAAAAGGAAGAAAAAAUAAAUAAAGUAAGCAUUGAAUCAAGGAUUCCAAAGGACCCUUACCUAGGCUUGAAAAAGGGAUAUCUCUUCAUGUACAACCUGGUUCAGUUUCUUGGCUUCUCCUGGAUCUUUGUCAACAUGACAGUCCGUCUUUUCAUACUUAGGGAAGAUUCUUUCUAUGAUACCUUUCACACCACUGCUGAUGUGAUGUACUUCUGUCAGAUGCUAGCCAUCGCAGAGGUCAUUAAUCCUGCUCUGGGAUUAGUCAGGACUGGUGUGAUGCCUGCCUUUAUACAGGUGAUGGGGAGGAACUUUGUCCUUUUUGUCAUCUUUGGAAGCCUAGAGGAAAUGCAGAACAAACCUGUUGUUUUCUUUGUCUUCUAUCUCUGGAGUGCCAUUGAGAUAUUUAGGUACCCCUUUUACAUGUUGGCCUGCAUUGACACUGAAUGGAAAACACUGACCUGGCUACGGUAUACUAUUUGGAUUCCCCUGUACCCACUUGGUGUGCUUGCUGAAGCUGUGGCAGUUAUCCAGUCUAUCCCCAUCUUCAAUGACACCAAGUUUUUAAGCAUCCCUUUGCCUGAAGCUCUCGGCUCAUCCCUCAGCUUCUCCUACGUCCUGCAGCUGUACUUGCUGCUCAUGUUUCUGGGACUCUUCAGCAACUUCCGUCAUCUCUACAAGCAGAGGAGGAGACGGUUCAGAAUGAAAAAGAGGAAAGCGAACUGAGGUGCCCUCGGAAGAAGUGAAGUGUCCUGCCUUCACCCAGGACUCCCUCAGCCUGCUCUUUUACACUAUCUAUCUAAAGAAGUGACGGAGUUAGCCAUCCCUCCACUAAGCUGAAGUGCAUUAACAGUCCUGUUUUCAAAUCCAUUGACUCAACUAUAAAACAAACAUUAAUUUGAUAAAGCUGUAAUUAUUUAUAAAUCUUUCCUUUUAUGAGUUAUGUUUAGUGUGUUGGGCAUUUGAAGUCGACAGAAUAGUGAUAUUCCCUCAUCACUCAUUCCCUGGAACAUGUUUGUGUGUUUGUCUGCGGAAGAGCAGACAAACUGUAUAGAGACCAACAACCUCAGGGACUGUGAGAGUUUUAAACGAAACAGCAGAAUCCACAAGUGGGGCAACAAUCUGCUGUUAUAUAAAUAAAACAGACAUAGUACAUCCUACUGAAUACCAGGCAACUGAUGAUUGUUUAAAAUAAAGCUUCAAAUAAAUGAUCAACUACA